AUCGAUCACCUGCCCCUCGCCCGCGACACCGGAACCUCAAAACCUCCUCGUCUCGACGCCCGCCUUCCCCGCUGUCGCCGCCGGGCACCUUUGAAAAAGAGAAAAAAAAGAAAAAGAAAACCUCGAAACGCCCGCCAUGUCGGGAAUCUGGGGAUGGUUCGGCGGCGGCGCCGCCCAGAAGCGGAAAGACACGCCCAAGAAUGUCAUCCUCGACCUUCGCACGCAGCUCGAGAUGCUGCAGAAGCGCGAGGCCCAUCUCACUCGCCAGAUCGAGGAACAGGACCAGAUAGCGAGGAAGAACGUCAAUACAAACAAGGCCGCUGCGAAGGCGGCGCUACGGCGCAAGAAGAUCCACGAGCACAACCUUGAACAGACGCUGAAUCACAUCGGAACCAUCGAGUCGCAGAUGAACGCGAUCGAGUCGGCGAAUAUCAACCAGGAGACCUUCAUGGCGAUGCAGCGGGCCAGCGAGGCCAUGAAGUCAAUACACGGCAAGCUCACGCCCGCCAAGGUCGACGAGACCAUGGAUAAACUCCAAGAAUACAACCGGAUCAACGAGGAGAUUGCCGAGGCAAUGGGCAGCAUCAACGUCGGGCCGCAAGUCGACGACACAGAGCUGGAGGACGAGCUGGAGGAGCUGCAGCAACAGGAGCUGGAGGACAAGAUGCUCAAGACGGGCGCCGUUCCUGUCGAUUCCAUCCAGCGCCUGCCGACGGUGGCCAAUGGAGAGAUCAAAGGCAAAGCCCCUGCCGCCCCAGUUGCCGAGGACGACGAGGAAGCCGAACUCAGGAAGCUGCAGGCCGAGAUGGCCAUCUGAGCCCGGAGACGCGGUACAGUAUCGCGUGGCGUCGCGUUGCAUCGUCUCCGUAUCGUCUUGUCCGGGGGUAGGAUGACGCUGUCUCGGUGUUUGAUGCAGAUCCCUUGCAUCGAGUUGUCUUGGGGAGGUGGUGUGAGCAUGUAGGAGGAGGACGGCUGGUGGGCGGUCAGUGGAAUGGGUUGGGCACCGUUUCUCGCAUUAGUAUCGACAUGCCACUUGGCGUGUCAUAACGUCUGCAGCGAAGGGUCGGCGUUUCAGGUUCGGGAUUUUUUUGAUGUAGCUAUUGGGAAGGCCGCGCAGAGAGACUCUCAAUGUCAGCACAUGCCGUUAGCAAUCUUGGUUAACCCAGGAUAGACCCUUUGACGUUCUGUUUUGGGAGGCAAAGUGGAAUGCUGAAUCUCAAUCUCACAUCUCCCAUUUUCUCCCAC